UCGGGUUUAAUGGUGAUGGUGAUCUACUAUUUACUAGUGGUAAGGAUAAUGGUAUGUGUGUAUGGGAUUCCUAUACUGGUGAAAGAUUGGGUACUUAUGAACCACAUAAGGGUGCUGUAUUCUCAUUCUCUUGUACAUAUGAUUCUACUAGAUUGGUAACAGGAUCAGGUGAUCAAUGUAUACGAGUAUUCGAUGUAUUAAGUG